UUGAUGCAUUCAGAGAUGUAAGUUAAAAAUGUUAUUUUAAAUGUAGAAAACUGAAUCUUGUUUCAAGGAUGUGAAAUGGAGCCAUGGAGUCAUUCAAUAGGACUAAUGAUACUAUGAGCUGGCUUCUCUGUGAAACAGAAAAAAACAAAUUGUGUGUGUUAUUAUAUGUUUUUAUUCUAUCACUGAUAGCUGUCAUAAUAUGUGGAAAUCUUCUUGUGAUAAUUUCUAUCAUUUACUUUAAACAGCUCCACACUCCUACGAACUACCUUAUCCUCUCUCUGGCUGUGGCUGACCUGCUAAUUGGUGUUUUAAUAUUUCCUUUCAGUAUGACAUUCUCUCUAAUAGUGUGUUUGUCUGCAUACACUUUACUUUGUAACAUAAGAAGCACUUGUGAUAUAACAAUAAGCAUAGCUUCCAUACUUAACUUGUGCUGCAUUUCUGUUGACAGAUAUUAUGCUGUCUGUCACCCUCUGGUUUAUAAAACUAAAAUAACUGAUUCUGUUGCUAUGAAGAUGGGCCUUGGGAGUUGGACUGUUGCUAUCAUGACUGGAAUUUGGUACUUCCUGAUGUUUUUUAUUCAGUAUGAAUGUGACACAGGCUGCAAUUCCACUCUGAUUAUCUUAUUUAUUAUUAUAUAUUACACCCCAACAACAAUUUUAGUGUGUAUGUACUGUAAAAUUCUCUCUGUUGCACUGAGUCAGGCACGCAGCGUCCAGAAUAAAACAAAGUCUGGAGCAGUUGCCAGUAAGGAGAGCAAGGCCACCAAGACUCUGACUAUAGUUGUUGGACUAUUCUUAAUUUGCUGGGCUCCUCUCAUUUUUAGUUACCCACUUUAUCCUCUGAGUAAUUUUAUAGUUCAUGUGCUUCUUGAACCAUUGAACUGGUUUUCACUUUCUAACUCAUUGCUUAAUCCCUUUAUUUAUGGUUUCUUUUACAGUUGGUUCAGAUCAGCUUUUAAAAUGAUCAUUUCUGGAAAAAUAUUUCAAGGAGAUGUUAGUAACACAAAAUUAUACUGA